GCCAGGCGGAGGCGGCCGAGCGCCGGGCUUGCGGCGGUCUCCAGGGUAACAGCGGCCCGGGCCGGUGCCGGUACCGGGGCCAGGGCCGGGCCCACCCCGAGCUCGCCGGCGCCCCGCGGCGCCCCAUGGCCUCUCGCGACAGGGAUGCCAUUUCCUGGUACCAGAAGAAGAUCGGGGCCUACGACCAGCAGAUAUGGGAGAAAUCCAUCGAGCAGACCGAGAUGAAGGGCUUCAAAAACAAGCCUAAGAAGAAGGGUCACAUUCAGCCUGAUCUGAUCGACGUGGAUUUAAUCAGAGGCUCUACGUUUGCUAAAGCCAAGCCUGAAAUCCCCUGGACAUCGCUAACUCGGAAGGGAAUUGUGAGAGUUGUAUUUUUUCCAUUAUUCAGCCAGUGGUGGAUACAGGUUACUUCCCAGCGUAUUUUUAUGUGGCUCCUGGUGCUCUACGUUAUGCAGGUCAUAGCAGUUGUGUUGUAUUUCAUGAUGCCUGUUGUGAAUGCAAGUGAAGUCAUGGGACCAAUGUGCCUUAUGUUACUGAUGGGAACUGUUCACUGUCAAAUAGUGUCCACCCAGAUCAACAAACCUUCGGGAACCAACGGACUCGGCAGGCGGAGGAGGAAGUUACGCAAAUCUGUGGGUGUCGAUGGGAACAGUUGGUCUUCUCCUGACAAAAACAGUAAAGAAGAGCAGUCUGAAUCUGCAUCCAUUCUUAACAAUUUAUUUAGUAUGCUUUUCCGAAGGAGGAUUAGAAGAGUAAAGUUGGUAGCCGAGAAAGGGACUGAGACAGAAAAUGGUGUGAAUGCUGUGAAUAAUGGCAUUAAACACAGACAUGCCAGAUCUGAAUACAGGCUGUUGCACUUCAAAGAGAAAAAGAAACUUUCCGAUGGGGAAAAGAGCCAUCAGGAUGACUGUGCCAACAGAGGUGGCAUUUCUGACGAGCUUUCCAGUGAGGAGGACGCUGAAGCAAUGGUGCAAAGGAUCUCGUUACGCCAGAACAUAGAAGGGGCCUCCAGUGACAAUAGCUAUGAAGAGAAAAAGAGGCCUCUUGUUUCUUUGAACCAGGCUGUCUCACAGGUCAAGCAAGCCCUUAAAGGUGCCAGAGACUCUGAUAGUGUUGUGGAAUCUGAGCUCGAAUCUGCAUUAUACAGUCAGGACUCGAGGUCCUGCAUUAGUGUGGGAUCCCGGAGCUGUAGCGUGACCCGGAGAGAUUCGGAAAGUACUCGCCAUGACUCUGAGACAGAAGACAUGCUUUGGGAUGAUCUGCUUCACGGGCCAGAGUGUCGCUCGUCCUGCACCAGCGACAGCGAGGAAAUGACUGUGAGAGGUACCAGGCAGGAUUUGAAGGAAGAUGUUUUCCAGCAGAACCAUUUGUUUUGGCUGCAGAAUACAAGUCCAGCAUCUGCAAAAGUGAGUGCACUGAUCUGGGAAGGGAAUGACUGCAAGAAGGUGGACAUGUCUGUGCUGGACAUCAGUGGGAUUAUCAUGAGCAGGGUAAAUGCCUAUCAGCAAGGAGUGGGUUAUCAAAUGCUGGGAAACAUCAUCACCGUUGGAUUAGCAUUCCUACCGUUCCUGUACAGGCUCUUCCGCACAGAUAACCUGGAGCAGCUGUGCUCCAUUUCUCUAAAGGAGCUUUUGCACAUCUUUUGUGGAGCACCUGCUAGCGCCCCUGUCAUUGUUUUGUCUGCAAUCAACUUCCUUGAAAGACUUUGUUUAACCUGGAUGUUUUUCUUCAUGAUGUGUGUUGCUGAGAGAACAUACAAACAGAGAUUUUUGUUUGCCAAGCUUUUUAGUCACAUUACAUCUGCUCGGAAAGCCAGGAAAUACGAAAUUCCUCACUUUAGACUCAAGAAGGUAGAAAACAUCAAGAUCUGGUUAUCCCUUCGUUCCUAUCUAAAGAGGCGAGGCCCCCAGCGAUCUGUGGAUGUUGUUGUAUCAUCCAUCUUCUUACUGGCUCUUUCAAUCGCUUUUAUAUGCUGCGCCCAGGUUCUUAAGGGUCACAAAACAUUUCUGAAUGCAGCUUACAACUGGGAGUUCCUAAUCUGGGAGGCAGCACUUCUUCUCUUUUUACUACGUUUGGCAUCUUUGGGCUCUGAAACCAACAAGAAAUACAGUAAUAUUUCAAUCUUGCUUACCGAGCAGAUAAACUUAUACCUAAAGAUGGAGAAGAAGCCAAACAAGAAAGAGCAGCUGUCUCUAGUAAACAAUGUUUUGAAACUAUCUACAAAGCUACUGAAGGAAUUAGAUACUCCAUUUAGGCUGUACGGACUGACCAUGAAUCCAUUAAUCUACAAUAUAACACGUGUUGUAAUACUCUCUGCUGUCUCAGGUGUUAUAAGUGAUCUUCUAGGAUUCAAUAUCAGAUUAUGGAAAAUUAAACCGUGAACUGACCCAACGUCAGCACUUGGCCCUCUCCCCCCAGGACAGACCAGAGGAGAUGACCAACCGCUUGGGCAAAAAGCUCUCCAACUAUGGAAAUCUGUAAUAAUGAUUUUUUAAGCAGAUUCUCAGUGUACGUAUCAGAAGUUCUCCCUCUGCUUUACUGUUCAACAUAAACUGGUCUAAUGAGUGAUGCUAUCCUCUGGCACAUGCACAGCGUAAAACAGAAUUAACGGGGCAAACGCUAGUAGCUGGCGUUGAAAACGGCAGAGCUGUGCGCGCAGGGUGGGGCAUCAAACGGGAAAAGCCGUGCGAGAGCUCCGUGAGGGACACCGGCGAUCACUACAGGGGCCUUGUUUCUGCAACAUCGACUCCUCCACUGUGACAGGGGAGGAGCCAGCCCUCCCGUCUCAGCUCCAUCCUGGAGCUAUGCUGAAAUGCAUCCUUCAGGGUUUUGCUCGGACUGAUACUACUUAGAUGCUUAAUCUGAAAACGCUGAGGAGUAUUUCCUUUCUUAAAAGCUCAGCGUGCGCGAGGCUUUGCCUCUUUAUCCUGAAGUACCGCGGGACGCAGCGACAUUCGCUCUGCACACGAUGAAUUCUGCCUCCGCGGUGACAGUUAAGCAGUAUAACGUGCUGGCUGGCUUACGUUGCGUCUUCUGCAAAUAAAUAAUAAUUUUUUGAAAACAUUAGUUACAUGAGAAUGGCCUUACAACCCAAACUACAUGUACAAAUACAGAGUAUGUUGCGUUGUCUGUUCCCGAGGCAGCUUUGCUCUGUGCUGUGAGAAGCCGCAGCAGCAGCAGCUCGGCACUUGCCUGACACUGGAACCUGAGGAAGAAAUCUUGUGAGGAUCGGUUCAGCAGCAGAGAAGAGCAGAGGCUUCCUCACCCAAAGGCAGAUUAAUGUUUAGAAAGGGCAUAGGAGAGACACAAAAUGUUUUAAAGACAUCUCUGUUAAACCUACGUUUCCCUUAACGGACUCUACUGUCUUCUAUUCUGUCAGUAAUGAAAAAAAGUAAAAACUGAGGAUUUGCACAGCUUCAUUCUUUCAGGUGAGGGGUAAGUAAGGUGGCGUAAGAACUUUUGGUGGUAAAUUGUUUACAGCUAUUUUCUGUACAAGGAGAAGUUGUAAGAUGUACAAGGAGAUGACAAUUUUAUAUAUCAAAAUGUACAAAUAAACCUACAGUACAAGUAUUUAAUCAUUAACAGUUGUUUCUACAUGACUUGAUGAUUUUUAUAAUACCUUUGUUGAACAUUUGUUAUUCCAAUAAUAAAUUGCAUUUGUUUUCCAGAA